CGGUGACUUUUGAGAGAGUAAAAUCUUGUAAUUGUGUGUUCUUCGGCUUUUGAGAAAAGUACUUAAGAUGUUCUUAUCAAUUGCACGAUGUUUCGUCCUUUUCCAAUUUGGGUUUGUUGUGGUGCGGGCAGCAGCAGCAAGUGUCGUUAACAGUACAGAAUGUGGAAUGAGUGUAGGAUUUAAUAUCACCGCUUACUAUCAGAUGCCACCGCUCUACCUCUACGAUGACUACGAUCGCUGUCUGGACGAGUUCCCCGAGCGGGCCACCUACUGCCUGGUGGACAGCUGGAUCGUCCCAAACGACUCCGCACCGCUGUGGUCCGUGAUAGAGCAAUUUUCCGCCGACAGAAAGCGCAACUUCCGCCACGAUCGACUCCAGCGCGGUCUGUGCAUGAACCGAUGCCACCAGCUGCUGACCCGGUUCGAUCCACGCACGCAGAUGAAGUACUUCGGCGCUCGCUUCAAACCUAACGAUUCUCAGGAGAUCACGUUCGACCCGAACACGUUCCGCGGGGCGCUCGACUGGCGCAACCGAUACCGCCGUUUAGCCAAUCAAUGUGUCAAUUACGAGCUGAAACGUCAGUACUCCCUGAUGGCCUACACAACGGUAGAAUACUGCACGACGAACCGAGCGCAAACGGACCGGGAUGUACGGGUGUCUGCGGUGGUAGCACCACCGGAAGCAUUAGAUAAGAUUGAUGGUACGUUUCUGUUUGUCCUUGGUACACUGCUCACCCUAACACUGCUGUCCACCGGGUACGAUUGCUAUCGAUACCGGCAAGCGCGACCACACCACGGCGGCACGAUUGCGGAUGGAUUAAAAGAUUACUAUCGAUCCGGAUUGGAGCGCCCGGGUGUAAGCCGUAGUAGGUGUUCAAAAGCCAUCUUCCUGCACAUUGGAAGCCUUUUGUUUACAUCCUUUGCCCUUUCAGCCACCGUACUGCUCGUUGCGUUUUCCCUUCCCCGGAACUGGCAUCUACUAACGACGGCGCGUAGAAAGGCGUCCAGCACCGCCACGAAAGAUUUGCGCUUCAUACAGUCGGUCCGGUUUCUCGUCAUGUACCUCGUCAUCGCCGGCCACUCAAUGCUGUUUAAUUGCAUCUUUCCGCUACAGAACCCACAGUACGUCGAGCUGAACUAUCGCCGUAUCAUUACGAUGCUGAUAUUCAACGGCAUUACGGUGGUGCAGACGUACUUCACCGUGAGUGGAUUCCUGCUGGCCGUACACUUUGUGGAUUUUGCCGAAAAGCAGCGCCGCUUCCGCUGCUGGGACUAUCUGCAAAGUAUUGUGUAUCGAUUUUUAAGAUUAACACCAGCUUAUGCGUUUAUGCUGCUGCUCGACGCCACCUGGCUGAUCCGGCUGCAGGACGGCCCGAUCUGGAAGCGGGUGGCCGAAACGGAGCGCACCUACUGCCGCACGAACUGGUGGGCCAACGUGCUGUACGUCAACAACUACGUCACCGUAUCGGAACCGUGUUUACAACAGACCUGGUACCUUGCGACUGACUUUCAACUGUUCGCCAUAGGGCUUGCCAUUCUCGCACUUACAUGGCGCUAUCCGAAGCUGCUUAAACCGUUGCUGGCCGUCGCCGUGCUGGGAGCACUUCUAAUACCGGCCAUCGUUACUUACGUCAAUCGUUUCGAAGGCGUCGUCAUCUUACGACCAGAAGCGCUCAAGUAUGUGCUGUGGUAUGAUCCGAUGUACCGCAAGAUGUACAUCCCGACGCACACCAACUUUGGCAGCUAUUUGGCCGGUCUCAUCGCCGGCUUGCUGUAUCACAGGCUGAAGCGCGCCAACUUUGAUGCCGGUCGCCAUCGGGGCUUUCACACGCUCUGGUACGUAUCGCUUCCGACCGCAAUCGUCCUGCUGCUGUCGGCGUACAUAUUUUAUGCGUACGAUUUUGAAAAGCCCGCGCUCUGGAUAGCGGCCUACGCGGCACUGGCGAAGAAUCUCUGGGGUGCCCUUUUCGGCGUACUGUUCGUCGGGCUGGCGUUCGGUGUUGGGGGAUUUCUACGAACGGCGCUGAAUAAUUCGAUCUUUCGGCCACUCGGCAAGGUGACGUACUGUGUGUUCCUGUGCCAUCUGUUUGUGAUACGCGUCACGCUGGGCAACAUCCGGCAGCCGAUCUAUGUGAGCGAUAUGCGAAUUCUUGUUUCUACCUCCUCGACGCUGGUACUGGCGUACAUUAUGGGAACGUUAAUGUGCCUGCUGAUCGAAAUACCAUUUUCCAACGUACAGAAAACGCUGUUCUUCUAUAAGCCGGAAAACAUCUACAAGGAAGAGAUACAGCUGGUCUGCAAUGGUUGCGCUAACGAAUCAAAUCCAACUGCAAAGAACACCAAGGAAAUAGAACAAGAAUCGUAAAUUAUAAGAAUAACAUUCGAAAAAAGCAGCUUUUACAUUCUAUUCCCUUGCUAUGCAUCCAAGCAAAUAGUACCCAACAUUACAAAGUAACACACGCCUCCAUGCAAACACGGACCCGCUAGUGACGCACACACGGGCCACUGUUUUAGUUUCAAUGAGUACUGUCGUUUUCUAGACCCCUUGUGCCCUUCACUGAGCGUUUGGAGUUGAUAGGUUGAUCCGAUUUCUCUGCCUGGCUGGAGCAAAUUAGCAACAUGGAGAAUCGAUUAUGGCUAAGCAGUUUCUAGGAAACGGUGCACCAGCACCAGGGAGGAAAGCAGUUUAGAGUUACGCACCACAGGAAAUGGAUACGAUUUCAAGCUACAAGCCUAUUGAAAGCUUAUGUUUAUGUCUGAGCUGACUUUAGAGUGGAGUUUUAAGUGAACCAGUUCCAGAAUCAGGAUAGAAGUGGACCGAUUAGUCUGCGGAGUAGGUUGCUUUUGUUGGCUACGCAUACGAAUGUGCGUCCUAUUCAUGAGGGUCGUUAGUGAGCUUCGAGUACAGGCAGAGUGAUUUCGACGGGAUGUGAGCACGGAGCGGCUUUUUCAAAAGUACGUUUUAAGUAAUACACUAAGGUGCUAGUGUCAGGGGCAGCAUUUUGAGAGAAUUUAUUUAUGCAUAAUAUGCAGUGUUCCAGACAUUGUAGCAAUUUUAAGAAGCAUGGAAAAUAAUUAUGAAAUAUGUAGAAAUGCUCCAAAGAUGAAAUAUUAAAGUAAAAUACACACCAAUAUCUUCCAAAAUA